AGAGGCGGGUUGGUGGAGUUUUCAAACAGAAGAUGGCUGCGGAUCAGGAUACAGAGGAAAGCGAUGCAGUUUCAAAUUUUACCGUCAAACAAGAGACCUCAUUAAAGAGUCAGCCCAUCAUUUUCAACCCUGACUUCUUUGUGGAAAAACUGCGCCACGAGAAACCGAGUGUUUUCACGGAACUGGUACUCAGCAACAUCACACGGCUAAUUGAUCUGCCUGGCACAGAGUUUGCUCAACUCACUGGGGAGAUGGUUACCAAACUGCCUAGUGGAAGUUCUUCUGCAUCAGGAUUUUUCCGUUCCUUGAACUUCCUGAAGCGUAAAGAAAAGGGUGUUGUCUUUGGUGCCCCACUGACUGAAGAAGGCAUCGCACAAAUUUACCAGUUAAUUGAGUACCUGCAAAAAAAUCUACAUAUUGAAGGUUUGUUUAGAGUCCCUGGAAAGAAUCUGCGACAGCAAACCUUAAAGGAAUUUCUGAACAGUGGUGUUGAUAUAGAUCUUGACUCUGGUGAAUACCAUGCUAAUGAUGUAGCCACAUUACUUAAAACCUUCCUUGGAGAGCUUCCUGAUACUCUUCUAACACACAGGCAUUACCAUGCACAUCUGAAAAUUGCAGACUUGGCACUUUUUGAUGAGAAGGGGAAUAAAACCACAUUUCCCGACAAGGAGCGUCAGAUUGAGGCACUACAACUGCUGUUUAUGAUUCUCCCGCCUGCCAAUAGAACACUUCUUAAACUCCUGUUGGAUCUGCUGCACCAGACUGCAAGGCAGCAGGAGAAGAAUAAGAUGUCUGCCUACAAUCUGGCCCUAAUGUUUGCUCCUCACAUCAUUUGGCCAAAAAAUCUUACUGCAAAUGACCUUCAAGAGAAUAUUGGGAAGCUGAACACCGCUGUGGCUUUUAUGAUCAAACAUUCUCAGAAAUUAUUCCGGGCACCAGCUUACAUACGUGAGCAUGCCAGACAUCACUUUGCAACCACCAAAGGUGUUCAGUCUAAGGAUGACCUUGACCUUCUUCCUCAAAGCUCCAUUGGUGCUCUGCCUGCUAAAAGAAAUUUUAUUGAUUCAUCCGUUUGCCCACAACCAGAGGGUACGCAGCAACAUACUGAAGUGGCUUUGAGAGAACUCUUUGCCCAUGUAAACAACAUGCCAGAGUCUGCUAAGAAAAAAAAGAUAAUUCGACAGUUCAAUAAACAGACCAGCUGUAACACUCCAGUGUUUGAUGUACAGACUCCACCAAGGAAGAAACAUGCACGAUCUCGUUCAUUUGGAGGGCUUAUUAAGAGAAAGGUUUUGGGAAAUCAGCUUCUCAUAGAAAAGAAGAGCAAAAACAUUUCGCCAGGAACAACGCCUUCUAACACUGGAAAUGUAGGUCAAAAAGGAAAAGAAAAUUCUCCCUUGGCAUCAGAAUCGUGCAGUCAUACAAAGGUUUCUUUCACUGCUCAGGAGUCAACAGUUUGAUUUUUACAUUACUUGAGUUUAUAAAUGUGUUUAUUUGUAUGUUUGUUUGUUUUGUUGAUUGUGAAAGACAAUGCCAUUGAGCCAGUGUAAUGUUGGGUGCGUGUAUAUAUGUAUGUGUGCAUUUUUUAAGUCUACUGUACUCUCCGUGAGUCCCUUAAUGUGAUAGUGAACUGUUGUGUGAUGUCUUGUCACUAAGAGUAUUCCAGUUUGACACGUAACAUGGACAGUUAUUAGUAGCCUUGUUGUGAUGCACUGGAAUGUUAAAAGGGAGUUUUAUAACACAACAAUUGUUUCAUUCACUGUAAAUAAAAAUUGUUAUAUUUCUGUGAACAAAACAAAGUAAUUUUCCU